AUGUGUCUCUCAAACAUCAGAGCGAACAAGAUGGGUCACCAGCAACUCUACUGGAGCCAUCGGAGAAAAUUCGGCCAGCAUUCCCGUUCUUGCUGCGUCUGCUCAAACCAGCAUGGUCUGAUCUGGAAACAUGGCCUCAAUAUGUGCCACCAGCGCUUCGGUCAGUACGCAAAGGAAUUCGGUUUCAUUAAGUUGGACUAA